UUAUUUGCCAGCAAUUUCCAGGAAAUUUUGACAGCGCACAUGGUCUUCCGGAAAUUUUCCGAAAAUGUCAUUUUAUUUGUUUUCACGCACGAACUGCACGAACUUUAUCCAUGCUGUUUUUUAUCAAUUAAAAUUCCAUCAAAAUUAAUUAAUUUAAGUGUGAAUAAAGUUCUAAAUAGAAUUUAAAAGUUAUUUUGUAGAGAAAAUUGCAAAAUAUUCCAUUAAAGUGAAAAAAAUCUUUAUAAAACUCGCGCGAAAGUGAUUGAAAACCGGAAGCAGCGCGGAGUCUCACGAUGGGACUCACAAAGCAAUAUCUGGCUUAUAAACCAGCUGGAGCUUUUAAUAUCGUCGUCAGCCCUCGUCCCAAUGCUUCCUUUGUCACUGUGAAAGGAGUUCAGGGGAGAUAUGUAGCCGUGGGAGGAGCUGAAAAGCUCCUGAUUUGGGAUUUGAGGCUUGGAGAGAAAGUUCUGGAGAUAUCAAAUGAAAAGCAAGAAGUAACAUGCUUGAACCCAAGUCCGGAUAAUCUUCACAUUUCCGUGGGAUACGCCGAUGGAUCUGUUCAGAUCUUCGAGAUGGAUUCCCGGCAAUCAGCUGCCUCCUUUGUCGUACACAAGACAGCCGUGAGCUGCCUGAGGUACGAUUCGAGCGGAAUGAAACUCCUCACAGGUGGUUUGGAUACAGAUCUCGUGGUUCUGGAUGUUGUUGCAGAAGCGGGAUUGUGUCGCCUUAGCGGUCAUCGGGGUCCCAUUACCGACGCUCACUUUCUCGAUGCUACCGGAAGGGUUAUUGUGUCCUCCUCGAAGGAUAUGCAAAUCAAAUUUUGGGACAUUGAAACGCAAAAUUGCUUCAAAACUCUCGUGGAUCACAGCACAGAAGUCUGGGCAUUGGCACUCCUCCGGGGCGGAUUACUCGUCAGUGGUUCCUCUGAGAGCACUCUGAGUGUUCACCGGGUUACCCCGAAUACCCAAGAAGACGUCGAUACAGCCAACUUGGGGGCUUUUGAGAGUGAAGCAAUGAACCCAGUGCAGGUGAAGCUAUUGGGGGUGAUUCAGCGCAGUGGAAAAGGUCGUACAGUGGCCCUGGCCAGUGAUCAGGAAGGGAGUGUCCUGGCAUGCCACGGAACGGACAAUCAGGUGGAGUUGUUCUACUUCUGCACACCCGAAGAAGCUCUCAAGAGGCUCACAAAGCGCCUCAAGAAACUCUCUGUGGAAGCCGUGGGGGAGAAGAAACCCGAAGUGAGCUUUUUCGAUGAGGUCAAGAAGCUCCCGAGCAUCCGGACACAGUGCAAAAUACGUGGACUCGACCUCCUGAUGGGUACAAAUGGAGAACUUCGUGUUGUCGUGACAUCCUCGAGUAAUUUCAUCAAACUCUUCUCAUUGAAUGUGAAGGAAAAGAAUGCCGAAGCGAAGGAAGUUCGUUCCCUAACGCAGAUUGGGCAUCACACGGAAGUCAAGAGUGUGGCUUUCAGUUCGGAUAAUCUGGCCAUUGUCACAGGGAGUGGGGAUACGCUGAAAGUAUGGAACACAGACUCCCUCAAAUGCAUCCGGACACUCGAUGUGGGAGCUAUUCUGUGCUCACUCUUCGUGCCAGGAGAUCGUCAUGUCUUGCUAGGAUUGAAGACAGGAGAACUGGUGAUUGUCAACAUUGUCGUGGGAGUCAUUGUGGAGACAAUUCCUGCCCAUUUGAAGGAUUUGUGGUCAAUGUGCCCAAUGCCCGACCUCAAAGGCUGCUUCUCUGCCGGCGGAGACAAAACCGUCAAGAUGUGGUCGUAUGAAUUGAUUGAGGAUCCCGAAAGUAAUUCCCAGGUGUUGUCAUUGAUGCACCGGAACACCCUGAAGCUCGAUGAGGCUGUCAUGUGUGUCCGUAUUUCGCCAAACAAUAAAUACCUCGCAUGUGCUCUGCUGGAUUCCACCGUGAAGAUCUUCUUCCGGGACACCCUGAAAUUCUACUUGUCCCUCUAUGGGCACAAACUUCCCGUCACCUGCAUGGACAUCUCACACGAUUCCACCCUCAUUGUCACCGGAUCCGGAGAUAGGAAUGUGAAGAUCUGGGGAUUGGACUUUGGGGAUUGCCACAAAUCUCUCUUUGCUCACGAUGACUCCGUUCUGGGUGUGCAAUUCAUCCCACACACUCACAUGUUCUUCUCAUGCGGACGCGAUGGGAAGAUCAAGGAAUGGGAUGCUGAUACAUUCGAGAAAAUCUCCACACUUCCUGCCCAUCACAUUGGUGAAGCCAAUGCUCUUGCCGUGAGCCCCAAUGGGAUGCUCGUUGUGUCAGCUGGGUCAGAUCGUGUGGUGAGAUUGUUCGAGAAGACCGAUGAGCCCAUAGUUCUGGAGGAUGCUCAGGAGGAGGAACGAGAAGAGAUUGAGAAUAGAAUCCUCGCAACGGGGGAUGAAUCCACCGUGGCCGGGAUGCCGGGACUCAAGCUUCCCUCGAAGAAAACCGUCGGAGCGGAAAAGGGUGCAGAAUCCAUUCUCGAAUGCCUAGAGAUUGGGAAUCAAUUUGACGCAAGUGAGGACAAGGAGCUCCAUCCACUUAUGCGAGCCUUCGAAGUGACCAAUUCAGCGGAUUUUCUCCUCACUACAAUCUCCCACAUUCGUGCAAGUGAUCUCGAAGAAUCCCUCCUCCUACUGCCCUUCACAUCCGUUUGUGAAAUCAUCCGGAAGAUCUACACCCUGGCAGAUAAGCGACGUGACCAGACGGAAUUAAUUUGCAAGGUAGUGCUCUUCCUCUUUCGCAUCCAUCAAAAACCAAUUGUGGCGAAUCAUGUGCUCUAUCGUGACAUCAAGAAGAUGAUAAAGAAGCUACAGGAAGUUGUACAGGAACUUCGGGAUAUGAUUGGGAUGAAUUACUACGGAUUGAGGAUGAUGCAGAGGCAAAUUGAGGAUCGCGAAGGGGUUGAACUAUUCCGGGAUCUCACAAAGAAGCGCCAAGACAAAGAGAAACGUCGGAAAGUUGAAAUGAUCCGGAAGCGGGCCAGGGAUCUUGAAACCUCAUAACUUCCGGAAAUGAACAUUUUUUGAAUAAAAUCGACCGUUAAUUUUGAAA